CUAAGUUCUUGUAAUUUUGAAUCUCGUGAUACAUAUAUCAGUUAUAGCAAAUGCGAGAUUUGGAUAAUUAUUAUUUAAUAGAAAUUUUUAUUUUUCGGAAAAAAAUGAUUAACUAAUGAUAUACUACCAGUAACAAAGGAAUGAAUCAAGAAUUUUUCCGUAACGUAAUAACAGUAAUGUCUUUAAGUGGAACCGAUAUAAGAGCAGAGUCACAGUAAUAAUUGAGACUACUUAUACAGUUUAAUCCUAAGAGUGUACAUCAAGUUUGUUGACCGUCUAUACAGAAACAAUCACAGCGAUGGCCUGGCUGAAAAUCUUAUCUUAUUACAUUUUGUGCACUGUAAUAGUUGUUACUGCACAGUACAUGGGCGACUACGAUUUUGAUUUCUAUGAAGAUUUAUCAACGGAUCGCUCGAAAAAUUUCAAUAAAGAAUACAACAGUAUCGUGCAAGAUGAUUUUUACGUUGCAAACGAUUUCGACGACACAGAGAAUCAAGACGGCACGUAUCCUAGUUCAAAUUACGCUGUUUUUAGAAACAGUAUUGAUUCUUUUGGGAAGAGUCCCUUCGAUAAGCAAUUUAACUGGUACAAACUGUCUGAGAAAGUUUAUAGAUACACCAAGCACCGAAUUCCCGGAUAUGAUUACGAUGAAUUUGAUUACAUGCGUUCAAGGAAGAUUCAAGAGUGCGACGACAAAUCGGUUUGGACGCAUUGUCUUUGCCAAUUCACAUGUUCGAAGCCGGAUGAAGUGGACUGUUACACACCGUGCAGAAGUGGAUGUGAAUGCAAGGAAGAGUACGUUUUUGACGAAAAAGCACAAAGAUGCCUGUUACCCGAGGAAUGUUUGACAGAAGACUACAAUUACAAUUACUAAAUUUUAUAUUCUCAUUCUUAACAUUCAUUAAACUAUUCUUAUGCUACUCAA